GUGCGGAGGUGCCAGGGCGGGCACGUCCGGGGCGGCUGCGCGCACGCCAAGGGGGCGUGCCUGGCGAGACUUUGGCUAAGAUCCUAGGAUCCCACAGCGUCAGGCUAGGAGCUCGGCGGCUGGGUGGCUGUGGGAUCCUGCCCUCGGAAGUACGCUGUUGUGCCUGGUGUGCGAGAGCAGAUCCUCUGACCUGGCGGCCCCUUCUGCGCAUUCUCGGGACUGCAUUUACCCACAUGGCAGCCCUGCUCCCACCACCGCCUAGUCCCAGAUUUGUCCUCCGAGGCACACAGUCAGCUGUGAACACGCUGCAUUUCUGCCUACCAUCCCAAGCUCCAGAAAGCCCGCUCCUUUUCUCAGGGUCUCAGGGUGGCCUGGUGCACAUCUGGAGCCUGCAGACAAGAAGAAUGGUUGCCACCCUAAAUGGCCACAGUGGACAGGGUGUAACCUGGUUGAAGACACUGCCCCAGGGACACCAGCUCCUCAGCCAGGGCCGGGACCUGCGGCUGUGUGUGUGGGACUUGGCAGAGGGCAGGAACGCUAUCAUGGACUCAGUUCAGUUGGACAGUGUGGGCUUCUGCAGGAGCUCUGUUCUGACCAGGGGACAGCUAAGCUGGAUGCUUGCUGUGCCAGGGAAGGGCAGUGAUGAGGUUCAGAUUCUGGAGAUGCCAUCCAAGACGUCAGUGUGCACCCUGAAGCCGGAGGCGGAUGCCAAGCCAGGCAUGCCCAUGUGCCUGGGGCUGUGGCAGAGCAACUCCAAUCUCCGCCCCCUCCUUCUGGCUGGCUAUGAGGAUGGAUCGGUAACCCUGUGGGACAUCUCAGAGCGGAAGGUGUGCAGCCAAAUCGCCUGCCAUGAAGAACCUGUCAUGGGCCUUGACUUCGAUUCUCAGAAGGCCAAGGGCGUCUCAGGCUCUGCCGGGAAGGUACUGGCUGUCUGGAGUCUGGACGCCCAGCAGUCCCUGCAGGUGUACAAGACUCAUGAACUCACAAAUCCUGGAAUUUCUGAAGUCACUCUCCGGCCAGACCGUAAGAUCUUAGCCACAGCAGGCUGGGACCAUCGCAUCCGUGUGUUUCACUGGAGGACGAUGAAGCCACUGGCUGUUCUGGAUUUCCACAGUGCUUCUGUGUACUGUGUGGCCUUUGCCACUGAUGGCUUGCUCGCUGCAGGGUCCAAGGACCAACGCAUCAGCAUCUGGUCACUCUACCCCUGCCUGUGACUCAGCUGUAGGACACUGGUGUCUUACUCCAGUCUCGACCCAGUUUUGUGGAAGGUUCCCAAGGCUCUCUGAGGACUGCAAAGUAUGGCCAAAGGUCUGUGAAUCCACUUUGUUCAUGAGGUUCCCUGCACCUUUUGUGACCUGUCAUUCAGAUGAUAGACACCUGACACUUGGAGCUUGUAAGAGGCACAACUUACAAGCUCCAAGACACGGUCGUGUGGCCAGCCUAAACAUAUUUGACAAUAAAUUUUCCAUUGCCAGCCUGAAGGGUCAGGGUGGGAACUUUCCACGAAGAUGUCCCAUAUUCUCCCCUUAGGGUCAGAGCAUUCAGAUGCUCUGCAGGCUCAUCAUCAGCCGUACUUUUUUUUUAAAGAUUUAUUUAUUUUAUUAUGUAUACAGUGUUCUGCCUGCAGGCCAGAAGAGGGCACCAGAUCUCAUUACAGAUGGUUGUGAGCCAUCAUGUGGUUGCUGGGAAUUGAACUCAGGACCUCUGGUAGAGCAAGCAGUGCUCUUAACCUCUGAGCCAUCUCUCCAGCAUCAGUCGUACUUUUAAGCAGGAAGUUCUGGGUGAAGAAGGUACUUGGGGCUUGGCCUCGGGAGGCUGUCAGUGCCACAGUGGCUGCCUGCCACAUCCCGCUGGCUUUUUGCCCCAGAAAUGUUCAGGGACUCCUGACAUCCAGGGCUGGGGUCAGGAUGACGAAAGGAUGGAACCUGGCUUUCUGAAGAGGGAGGCAGGAGAGGGUUAAUAGGGUGACCAAGGUGGUCAGGGAACAGGGAGCGUGUAAAAUGCAGUACAAGGCCAGAUAGAAGACCAGAAAAGGAAGCCCUGACCUCCCUCCGACGGGGAAAGAAGGACAGGCUGUCUCUAAGUGAACCUGCAGGAGGCAGAGAAACAGCUGAGAUAGGACAGGAGCCAGGGCCCUCCGUAAUGCCCAGGGCACAAUCACAGCCUUAUGGUAUGUGGACUAACAGUGAGCACGCAAAGCCUCUUUUAGCACAUGGCUGACCGGUGAGUAGCCUCUGAGGUGGUGUUGACUGGGGGGACCAGACUGUGGAGGUGAGGAUGCAAUUAAGGAAUGCAGACCUCAGACCUCACCUCUUCAAUCAUUGCCAGAAAGAUCCCUGUGCCCAAAGAACUGGAGCGCCCCCAAGUGCUGCCCCUCUGGACCUCUAGUCUGUAACUAAACACUACACACAGCAGGCUGAAUGUAUCUGUGCUGAAUGUAUCCUACCACCGCAGUAUAGCCUGGUGUCCCCAAGCUGGGGAACAUGUGUAGGAGGCCAGGAAAGGAAUGUGUGGUCCAGGUGAAGUAUAUGCUGCAGGUGAGCCAGGAGGGCAUGCCUCUUGCCCCACGAAGAGGGAGACAGUUGCCAGGGGAGCCAGCAUCCCCAGAGGGCUUUAUGGUUGCUCCUCUCUGUAUGCCUGUGAAAGGUAUGGCUCGUGCGCGCACACACACAGGCCUGGCUCCAACUGAAGCCCUGGGAGGUUACCAUAGCAACCAGAGUUCCAGCUUGGAAUCCCUAAAUGGAGUGGGGAUUACUCGCUGCUGCAUGGACAAAAGGUGGCACUUAGUCUCCAAAGACAGGUGGGAACACUUCUUGUUAUAGGCUGUAAACUGGAAGCUGCGCCUAGCAGAAUCUGACUGGUAGAGCUCUGUGACAGGCUGGCUUUCCUGGAGUCCCUAGAGAUGGGCCAGCUUGGUGCACAUAGGCAUGUAGACUUAGGCACAGGUCACCAGAGCAGACCUUGGUCACAGGCACAGGCUUCUUCACUCCCUUUGAAGGAAGUCUCUGCUAGAGUACCAGCCAGACACUGCUCAUCCUUCAAGAAUCCCCAGGGGAUCUGCCACCAAUUACCCUGUUGUAUCACCCUUGUAUAAGUUCUAACACCAAGACCUUAAGAAUUAGGCCCCAUAGCUUGGAGCCUCUGAAGUCAAGACAAGGCCCCAAGUUUCUCAGGUUAAAGGUUGGGGGUGCCUUGGCCUCCCACUCUAUCCUCUUCCAGAAUUUUUAAAGGAGAGAGAGAAAAAAGAAGAAAGAAACAAUUAAGGGGGAAUGGGGAGGAGACAGCAAAGCUUCUUGUCUGUCUUAGGCCAGUAUAAACAGGAGGGUACCUGUUACAGUUGGAAUGUGAAACACAUCAGCUCAUGUGUUUGAACACUUGGUCCCCAGAUGGGGGUGCUAGUUUGGAAGAUUGUGGAACCUUUCAGAGGGAGAGUCUCUGGAAGAAAUGGGUCACGGGGUGGAGGGGGCUUGAGGUUUCUAUCCUCCCCACUGUCCUUCCUGACUAGAUACAGUAGGAGCAGCCACCUCCCAGGGUUGAGUCUGCCAUAGUGAACUGUGUGAUCUCAAACUGUAAGCCACAAUAAACAUUUUCUACCUUAGGUUGCUUCUCUUCAGCUAUUUGGGCACAGAGAUGAGAAAAAUAACUAAUACAGCAGCCCUCCAUCCCCAGGUAACCCAAGGCAGGAGUAAAGAAUCAGACAGAAAGUCACAGCCGUUCCGUUACAGGGAAUAUAGGUGUGAGUCACAGGCCAGUGCCUCAGUGGCCCCCUUAAGAGAAGUGGCAGUAGAGCCGAAACUUUAAUCCCAGCACUCAGGAGGCAGAGGCAGGUAGAUAUCCGAAUUCCAGCCCAGCUAGGGUGAUGAGGAGAGAUCUUAUCAAAGAAAGUGAGAGGAGGGCCAGGUUGGUUGUAGGAAAAUUGGUGAGCCCAUCUAUGAAUGGAGACGAUAGUCCCAUUCUUGUCUGUGCCCGACCGCUGUUGUGAUGCCCAGGGCAGUGCUGUCCUGUGGGUGCCUUUUACCAGCGCUGUUGGAGAUGCUAUCAAGCCUGUGUGGCUCAGUACGGCUGUUCUCAGGAAGCCUCAUCUCACACAAGCUCUGCCAAGCCUUUUCCACCCCUUCCUUGUCGCCCCGCUGGAGGUGGCAGCCAGUGUGACACCGCCUGUAGGCUUUCAGGGCCCCUGUGUCCAAGGGCUGGUGGUUACAAAGCUGUCUCCACCAAAGUGGAACCUUCUCUCCUGCUGCCAAGGAAGGAGGCUCAUAGGACUCAGCUCUGGGAUUCUCAAGGCCCUUCCCCAAACUUAACAAAAGGCAGUAACAGUUACUUGGAAGAGGACACUGUCCAGUGGACCGCCUACAUGUUGGACAGCGAGCUCCAGGGGCACAGCUUUUGUGAGAGAUCCCCAGUACUGGCAUGAGUCAUCUCGGCUGCCUUUGAGCCACCUAUGGUCCUGCAGGUAACCCCAAUAAAAUCAUUCACU